UCUCUCUCCUCCUCCUCCUCCUCUUCCUCUUCUCCUCCUCUCCAUGCCGGCGGUGGUCUCCGCGGGGCUGCCAUGGCGAAGAUCCGGGUGUCGUACGAGUACUCCGAGGCCGAGGACAAGAGCAUCAGGCUGGGGUUGUUCCUGAUCGCCUGCGGGAUUCUCAGCCUCUUCAUCCUGGGCUUCUGCUGGCUCAGCCCGACCCUGCAGAGCCUCCAGAGCAAGCCGGCCAACUGCACGGUGGUGUCAGUGUUGCGUCCGGAGGAGAUGUUCGAGUGUGUGUUUACAUGUGGUGCAGACUGUAAGGGAACGUCCCUCUAUCCCUGUCUGCAGAUCUUCGUCAACAACUCGGAGUCAAACUCUGUGGCUCUGCUGCACUUUGACGAGCAACAGCUGGUCCUCAACCCAAAGUGUUCGUACGUCCCUCCCUGUGAGAGGGACAACCAGAAGAACAAAGACAGUGUUUUGUGGUGGGAGGAUUACUUCACCAAAGAGGUCAGCAGCCAGUCCUUCACCUGCUUCUUCAACCAGCAGAGGAGGCCUGAUGACGUGUUGUGGCGUCGUUCCCAUGACACCAGCGUCCUUCUUCACUGCGUCCUCUGGCCAAUGGUGUCACUCCUGCUGGGCACGCUCAUCGUGCUCCUGACGGUGUGUGCUCGAUCCCUCGCCGUCCGAGCCGAGGCCCUCCAGAAGAGGAAAUGCUCUUACGAAGUUUGCCAGGACCUGUCCGCCGCUCCCGCAGACCGCCGCGGCACCAAAGCCGGAGACCCCCUCUCCACGAACUCUGACCCCGAGCUGUCGUCGCCGUCAAGGACCCUGCCGCUGUUUGCGGUGCCGGUGCGACGCCGCGACCGGGAACAUUAGGACAGAACAGGAAGCUGUUUUCACGCCGUGAAAUCGAAUCUCUUAGGACGCUGACGAGCCGGUGGGCGAAGUGGACCGAGUGGCCGAGGAGGCCACCAACAGCCCGCUGCUGUGUGUGCGGUUUGUAUGAUCAGCCACUCUGCUGCCUGUAGCUCUGAGCAGGCGCAGUGUCAGCACCUGUCCUCAGAUUUUAACUGGACACACCGGAUCCAUGAGUCCGCUGAUUAUCAAUCCUCCGUGCCAGAGUAUUGGAAUGGUUAUUUAAAUGGCUCUAGUUCUGUGAGAGAUGAUGCACUGGCGGGAAAAGAUUCAAACUUUAAACAUAAGGAUUGACAUGUGAAAGUCAGCUUCUCCUCACUGAGGUCUUAACUGUAGCUCUUCUAUUCAUGUAGUUUUCCUUUGAGUCCCAGUAGCCAAAGCCGUCACCUUCGUGUUAGCUUCUAUUCUUCUAAUGCGACUCAGUGCAGUCUGUCCUUUCCACAUUCAGUGAUAAACCAGUGUCCGCUGUAGGACUCUGACCCACAGUUCCCAUGAAGCACUGCAAAAUGCAUCAUCGCAGCUGCUGGUUUCUUCCGCGUCCCUCACCUUCACCAACAUUCUCUCACUUAAUUAACUAAUAAGAAUUUUUUCCCUCAUCUCCAACCAGUUUAUAAAAUUAAUAAGCUGUUUGUUUAUUUCACGCUCCCAUUUACAGUUUGCUGGCUCUGACAGGGAGUAAACAAAGAAAUCAAUGACACAGUAACACAGGUUUACAUUGUACCUGC